AUGCCUCCAAUUCCAGCACAACAUGGACCUGCAGUGGUGAAUAAAUCACGUCCAAAUACGGUUGGCGCACCUGCCAUUUCUUAUACCCCAACCGAUUCCACGAUUCCUCCAGCGUUAUAUCAUAGAAUCCCAAAUCUAGAUCUUUAUAAGAAAUUGAAAGAAGCUGAAAGAAAAGUAGACUUGUUAAUCUCUAGGAAAGCUUUAGACUUUCAGGCCACACAACAGAAGUCAAUCCAUCCUUCAAAUUUCAAAGGAGAAACAGGUAUCUUGAGAGUCUUCAUAUAUAACAUAACUGAAAACCAGCCCUGGCAAAAGCAACUACUUCAAGAGCAAGGUCUUCAAAUACCAGAUCCUACUUCAUCAGAAGCUACUUGGACUUUAAGAGUUGAAGGUAGAUUUUUAAGUGAAUCCAAAGACAAUAACAUCGAGGAUAAAUUCAGUUCUUUCUUGAGUGCUAUCUCUAUUGAUUUGAUUCCAAAUGAUGACUAUCCUGCUUUUCAAAAUUCUCAAUCGAAUAUUAUAGAGUGGAGAAGUGAUAGUAAUGACUUUAAUCAAAAAAGUUCAAAUAGUUUUGAUGGGAUUGACAUCAAACGAAAUGGUAUCUUCAAUAUAAAAGCAAAGAUAGCUUUGCUAGCCAAAAGCCAUUCAGCUACCUAUAAGGUUAGUGAUGAAAUGGCUCAAUUUACUGGUAAACAAGAAUCAACCCAACAAGAAUUGGUAUAUUCAAUUUGGCAAUAUGUCUUAUAUAAAGGCUUAUUUAGAAAAACUGACGCGCUUACAAGAGUUGAUACAGUUGCUACAAAUCGUGUUUUACCAGAAACUGCAAAUCAAGAUGAUAAUGAUGAUGACUUAACUGUUGUUCAAGCAGAUGAAGUUUUACAAAGCCUUUUAAAUGUUAAAACUUUUAAGUUCUCCGAACUUUAUAAGUUAUUACAACCACAUUUCAAACCUCGUGAACCAAUAAUUAUCGAUUAUGAAGUCAACACCAGAAAAUCAACUACUCUAGGUGAAGUAGUAAUUGAUAUACCAAUAGAAUUACCGCUCAACCUUUCGAAGAUACAGAAAGAAUUCCUUGAUCUUAAUAAAGUUGCUUUUGAAAAUUUAACAAAAGCUGAUAAUACAAUCCAAUUAUUAAAUUCAAGAAUUUCUUUAGGAGUUGUUGCAUUACAAAAUGCCAACGCAAGGGAAGCAUUUUAUAGCGAGUUAAGUGAAGACCCAGUUCAAUUUAUUGAAAAAUGGCUUGAAAGUCAAUCGGAAACCUUAAAGGCUUUAAAGAGUGAUGAAGGUUAUGAUGAAGAGGUAGUUAGACGUGCUAAUUAUUUUGUUGAGAAUGAGUCCCUCAUUAAGGAAAAAAUUGAUCUUUUACUUGGAUCUAGUAGAUUUUGAUUACAUUAUGUUCUCUGCUGUAUUAUAUUAUAUAUUGACUAUAAUAAAAUUUUAGUUAUACAAUUAAUCUAUGUAGUCCACAUCUUCUUCUUUAUCCAUUUGUUCUACUUCCUCAAGAUCACUUUCUUCGUAGUCAUCAUCUUCAUCUCCAUUUCCUUCCACAAAUUCAUC